UCAAUCGUCAUUGUGUUGCUAACAUCAGCCUUUAGUUGUCAAUGAGAGGAGCUAGUCAUCUGAACCGAGUUUGUUGUCCAGAUUUUUGGUUUUCAAGCUUAAAAGAUGGAGGAGUUUCAUUCUGGAGAUGAAGUGUCUUUCAGCCCAGACGAAGGAAGUAAUGUUGUGAAGGAGUGCAUUGAGGGUAUUAUUGGAGGCGUGGACUACAGCCAGAACAAAGUCAACCAGUGGACAGCCAGCAUAGUCCAACACACUCUCACUCAGUUAGUCAAACAGGGGAAACCGUUCAAGUACAUUGUCAACUGUGCUGUGAUGCAGAAAAGUGGCGCAGGUCUUCACACAGCCAACUCUUGUUACUGGGACACUACCACUGAUGGAAGCUGCACAGUCAGGUGGGAGAACCGCACCAUGUACUGUGUCGUCAGUGUGUUUGCAGUGGCUAUUGCACUAUGAGCAGGAAUCAGGGCUGAGACAUGCACUUACACACAGACACAGAAGGGCAAAACCACCUUCGCUCUGACCAUCACAUCCUCAUAUCUGGCUAAGACUUAAACCAACUUGUGUCAUGUUUUGCCUAUUCUACAAAAUUUAGAGCGUAUUGCUAAUGCUUGUCUACUACAUUGUAUGUCUAUUUGUUUUUUUAUUUUAAUUUAUUUUUUUGGGUACUUUCAAAGGUAACGUGCACCUUUGCUCUGUAUAGGAUGAAAUGCAAAUAUGUUGAUGCUUAAUUAUUAAAGUUGUCUGAUUUGGGUUUAACAAUCCAA